UUUCAAAUGGAGGAUUUCGUUCUUUCCAUCGUAGCAAAGAUGGUAGAAUAUGCAGUAGAUCCAAUUUUACACCAUGCUGGAUACUUGUGUUGUUUCAACAACUUUGCUAGGAAUCUUAGAAAAGCCAAAGAAGAAUUGGAAUUGACCCAAGACAACAUGAAGAAACAAGUUAGAGAAGCCACUAAAAGGAAUGAAAAAAUUGAGCCAAUGGUUGAAAAGUGGCUUAAAGAUGCUGAGAAAGUCCUAGAAGAAGUACAACUGCUGGAAGGAAGAAUUUCAGAAGUAAGCAAGUGCUAUUUCAGUAGGAGAUGCCAAUAUUUUCUAGCAAAAGAAAUAGCAAGAAAAACAGAGAAAAUGACUCAACUCAAUGGUAACAUCAAGUUUGAGCCAUUUUCUAGGCUUACCGAACUUCAAGGCAUGAAGUACUAUUCUUCCAAAAAUUUUGUUCUUUUCAAAUCUAUAGAAUCAACUUACAACAAGCUUUUGGAAGCAUUAAAAGAUAAAAGUGUUUGCAUGAUUGGACUAUGUGGAAUAGGGGGCUCGGGAAAAACUACUUUGACAAAAGAGGUGGGUAAGAAAGCUGAGGAUUUACAACUUUUUGAGAAGGUUGUAAUGGUAACUGUCUCUCAAACUCCAAAUAUUAGAAGCAUCCAAGAACAAAUUGCUGAUCAGUUAGAUUUCAAGUUAAGGGAGGACUCAAACAUAGGUAAAGCACGAAGGCUAUCAGAGAGAUUAAGAAAAGGCACAACUCUUGUAAUCUUGGAUGGUGUAUGGGGAAAGCUAGACUUUGAAGCUAUAGGUAUUCCACUCAAUGAAAACAACAAAGGUUGUGAAGUACUCCUAACAACUCGGAGCAGACAAGUAUGCACUUCUAUGCAGUGCCAAAGUAUAAUUGAGCUCAAUCUCUUAACUGGAGAGGAACCUUGGGCUUUGUUCAAAUUGCAUGCAAACAUAACUGAUGACUCCCUUGAUGCUUUGAAAGUCGUGGCAAGAAAUAUUGUUAAUGAAUGUAAGGGAUUGCCUAUUGCAAUUGUGACGGUGGGAAGCACGCUAAGGGGGAAAACUUUUGAAGAGUGGGAGUCAGCAUUGUCAAGACUAGAAGAUUCAAUACCAUUGGAUAUUCCAAACGGUUUAACAAGUCCUCAUGUUUGUCUUAAAUUAAGUUAUGAUAAUUUGACAAAUCAAUUUGCCAAGUCCUUGUUGUUGUUGUGUUCUAUAUUUCCUGAGAAUCAUGAAAUUGAUUUGGAAGAUUUAUUUCGAUUUAGAAGGGGACUGGAGCCAUUUGGGACUUUUGGAACAAUGGAGAAAGUGAGGAGGGAGAUGCAUGUAGCCGUUAACAUCCUAAGAGAUUCUUGUUUGCUGAUGCACACCAGUAAUAAAGAGAAGGUGAAAAUGCAUGAUAUAGUUCGUGAUGUGGCCUUGUGGAUAGCAUCUGAAAGGGGUCAACCAAUUUUGGCUAGUACUGCAACGGAUCCAAGAAUGUUGGUAGAGGAUGAAACCAUACAAGACAAGAAAGCAAUAUCCUUAUGGGAUUUGAAAAAUGGUCAACUUCUUGAUGAUCAAUUGAAUUGCCCAACCCUUCAAAUUCUCUUACUUCAUUCUUCAAAGGUCAACUUUGAAGUAUCAAAUGUGUAUUUUGAAAGGAUGAAAAUGCUUAAAAUCCUGGCAUUCUUAACAUCUAGCUAUAAGUUGAAGUUGUCUAGGUUUGAGAGACGGUACACUUUGUCACUGCCACAGUCAAUUGAGUCAUUAAAAAAUCUCCAUACUCUAUGCUUAAGAGGUUAUGAAUUAGGUGACAUCUCCAUUUUGGAAAGACUACAAUCACUGGAGAUUCUUGACUUGCGUGGUUCUUGUUUUGAUGAGUUGCCUAAUGGAAUUGUAGCAUUAAAGAAAUUGAAGCUUCUAGAUUUGUACAAAUGUCAGAUUGUAAACAAUAAUGCUUACAAAGUUAUAGGAGGAUGUUUGCAGCUACAAGAAUUGUAUUUGCAUUUAUACCCACAUGUAAAGGAAUUCCCGCAUAAUGUUUCUUUCUCAAGAUUGCGGAGGUAUGUUAUAAUACAACAUCAUGCUGAAUCAUACCCACUACACCAGCAGACUGACAUUUUGGAAGAGCAUAGACUUGGUAGAGCUUUAUGCAUUGAUGGUUUUAAUGCCUCUGCUCAAAGUUUUAUAUCAUUACCAAUUAAGGAUCUCUUUUUAAGAGCAGAGUACCUUCAUUUGGAGCGCCUUCGCGGAGGUUACGAAAAUGUAAUACCAUCCUUUAGAGAUCCAGAAGGCAUGAAUCAAUUGAUUGUUCUAAUACUCAAAUUUUGUCCAGAGAUAGAAUGCAUCUUUGACAAUACUAUCAUUACCAACACCAAUGUGUUCUCUUGCCUAGUUACCUUAGGCUUGUAUGAUAUGGAUAGCCUAAAAGAAGUGUUUCCAAGGAACUCAAAGCUAUGUUGUCUCAAGGUCUUGAGAAUAGAAAGGUGCCCAAUGCUAACUUCCCUCUUCAUGCCAUCCAUUGUCCAAACUCUAGAGGUGCUAGAGAAUCUAGAAAUAUCUUACUGCAGUGAAUUGAUGCACAUAAUAAAAGAAGUUGAAGAAGGGUAUGUUGACUAUGUUAGCAGUCAAGGUCAUACCUCUUUGAUGCUCCCAAAAUUAAGGAGACUUGUUAUAUAUGGAUGUGACAGAUUGGAAUAUAUACUCCCUAUGUAUUUUGCACGAAGGCUAGUAAGUUUGGAAGAACUGGGGAUUCGAGAUUGCAACGAGUUGAAGCAUGUAUUUGGUAGUGAAAAGGAACACCAUCUUUCAGUGUACCAACACCAGAGUCACCAUCAGACUAAUAUUGACAUAAAUUUGUAUACUCUUUGGUUGGGUUCAUUACCAAACCUCGUUGGAAUUUGGUUUGAUUACUGCCAUACAUGUUUGCCAAAUUUGAAAAGGUUAGACUGCACUGAGUGUCCAAGAUUGUCUAAUUUUCCUAUGCAUAAGGCAAUGAUUGAUUCAGAUCUACAGCAAGACACAACUGGAAUGGAGAAUGAAAUACUAUGGCUGGUUGCCACCACAUUCAACCAUUUAGGCGAUCAAAUGUUUUCCUCAGAACUUAAAGUUGUCCUCAAAUCUAGAUACCUUGAUUUGUCUCAUCUUGGAGUAAAAGGUCUUUUUCAAUUCCAAAUGGUAGAACUUGGGAUCAAUGGAGUGCAAGUUCCCUUAAACUUGGAUCUAUCUAUUCUUGACUUGACUAAUCUACCUGAGCUCAAGUUCAUAUGGAAGGGCCCCACAAAUUUUCUAAGCCUUCAAAUGCUUGAAAUUAUUCGUGUGUAUGGAUGUCCAAAAUUGAAAACCAUUUUCUCCCCUGCCAUUGUUAGAAGCUUACCAAUGUUAAGGGAACUGGAUAUAUUGAACUGUGAGGAAUUAGAACAAAUAUUUGAUUCAAGUGAUGCACAGGAACUCAAAAGCCUAUAUACUUGUUCCCAACAAGUAUGCUUCCCAAAACUCUACGAAGUUAAAGUUCAAGAGUGCAAUAAGUUGAAAUGCCUUUUUUAUAAUUUUGUGGUGGGUCAUUUUCCCUGUCUAACAUUUUUGACGAUACAAGGGUGCUCUAAAUUAGAGAAAGUUUUUGCUUUUGAAUGUGAAUAUGAUGAUUAUGGUCAAGAAGGAACUAGCAAGGAUGGAGAACAAGUACUGCUAGAAAACUUAAAAUAUAUACUCAAAAGUUUGCCAAACUUCACUGAGAUUCACUACAAAUAUAAGUUAAAAGAUCAUGCUACACAAUUUAUAAAGGAGGGUCCUAAAUAUUCUCCAGGUAAAAUUCUAUAUCCUUUUUCUAGGCACAAUUCUUAUGCCUCAGAUUACAAUGUUAAGUGA